AUGGACCCCCGCGUAGGCGUCGGCGUCUUCCUCUUCAACGCCACCGGCCAGUUCAUCAUCGGCCAACGCAAGAACAGCCACGGCGCAGGAACCCUCGCCCUCCCCGGCGGCCACCUCGAGUAUGGCGAGAGCUUCGAGGCGUGUGCCGCGCGCGAAACCCUCGAGGAAACCGGCCUGGUGGUGGACGAGAAGGACAUCUCCUUCUUCACUACGACCAACGAUGUCAUGCCUGGGGGCAAACAUUAUGUCACGGUGUUUGUGGGCGGCAGGGUCCACGGGGAGCCAACGGUAACGGAACCUCAUAAAUGCGAGGGAUGGCAGUGGGCAACGUGGGAGGAUCUCCAGGCGUUCGAUAAAGACAGGCUGUUCCAACCCUUGGUGGAUUUGAUGCUGCAAAGACCAGACUUUCAACCUCAAAUGACAAAGAGUUGA